UCGUUCCCACGUUACCAACAGUUCACAAUAUCUCUCAGCUUCGCUUCAUUCUAACGUCACGUGACGCCCUCUCGUCGAAACCAAACGUUGAGAACAAAGAGUUGUUAAUACUUAAUACUGUUCACCAGGGAAAGAAAAGCAUUUCUCAAUUCUCAGUUCUUUCCCUUUCCUUUCCUUCCUCCUAUUUUCUUCACAAAUUCUUUUAAAAAUCUCCCAUAUUUUCCAUCCAUCCAUCAUUCAUUCAUUUUCCACAAUGACGAUUCCUCUCUUAAACCUCUUCCUUCUAUUUUCUCUCUUCGCACUUUCCUUCUCUCACGAAACACCAAAUCCUCAAAACCACCACCACCACAACCACCACGCUUUUCCGAGACCGUUGAUUCUAGAAUACUCUGAACUCGAAGAAGAGGUGAAGUUGAGAUGCACCAGUUGGAGAUUCUCCGGUGAAGCGAACAAUCUGAGUCCAUGGAUAACGGUGCCGAAAGAAUGUGCCCAAUAUGUUAAGGAAUAUAUGACGGGAAAAGGUUAUGUUUAUGACCUAGAAAUUGUUUCUAAGGAAGCUGGUGAAUUUGCUAAAAGUAUUCAACUCAAAGAUGAUGGAUUAGAUGCGUGGAUUUUCGAUAUUGAUGAGACUUUACUCUCUAAUUUACCCUAUUAUUCUGCACAUGGUUACGGGUUCGAGGUUUUUGACCAUGUAAAGUUUGAUGCUUGGGUGGAAAAGGGUGUAGCCCCAGCAAUAGAAGCCAGUUUAAAACUCUAUGAGGAUAUUUUGAAUCUGGGGUAUAAGGUCAUUCUACUUACAGGGCGGAAAGAAAGUCAUAGGGGUGUUACCGUUGAUAAUCUGAUAAACGCUGGUUUUCGGGAUUGGCACCAGCUCAUAUUAAGAUCUUCAGAUGAUAAAGGAAAACUAGCUGUAAUUUACAAAUCAGAGAAGAGGAGUGAGAUGGAGAAAGAUGGAUACAGGAUUCUUGGAAAUUCUGGUGACCAGUGGAGUGAUUUAUUAGGUUCUGCAGUAUCUGUUAGGUCUUUCAAGCUUCCAAAUCCCAUGUAUUACAUUGCUUAGCAAUGCUCAUUCAUUUACAAAUAAUUGCUCUAAAAAAUUCUGAGCUGUACAUAAUGGAAUUUACUACUAAUUCAUAAUUGCAUAUACGAUUGAAACUCCAAUAUAAACCGACUAUUAAUUGAACAUUCGUUGAUAAUUCAGUCA